CCCUGGGGCUCCGCUGGCUCGGUGUCGCUGGCACAAUAUUGCGUCGCGGCCCCAGUGGUCCCAGCCUUUCCUCAUCAUCAUGGCGGGGCGUUGUUAGUCUACCUCUUGGCUUCUGCCAUAAGGUAGCCAUUUUUCGGAAAUUCUGUGCGCGUGAGUGAGGGCAGUGUGUGAGCAGUAAAACUGCCUGAAGUGCCCAGAGAUCUCCCCCUGUCUGGCCUCGCGCAGUGCUGAGAUGAGUUUCCGGUCUAGAAAAAGAUCAUCUAGCUGCUGCUGCUCACAAGUUGUUCCUGUUGUCAACCCAAAGAAGAUACGGAUAUCUGAAGCUUUAGGCUCUUUGAAAGAAAAGGAUGUAUCAUAUCCUCCUGCUGGAACGCCAGUAGACCUGGUUCGAGUGAAGAAAGUUGGACCUUUCAUCCUGGGACCAGUUUUGGGAAAUUCUCCUGUCAAAAGUAUUGUUCAGUGCUUGGCAAGGCAAGAAAAAACAGACAAGUUCUUCACUGUCAAGAUAUUAAGCUUGAAGCCUCCUAGUGAGGAGACACAGGACGACCGGCAAGGCAAGAUGCUUUUGCAUACGGAAUACUCGCUUCUCUCACUGUUGCGAGGCCAGCAGGGGGUGAUUCAGCAUCAUGGACUUUACAAGGACAUCGCCCUGGAGGAGGUGGACACGAGCCGCGGCACCGUCUACUCGGGCCGCGCCGUGCAGCGCGUGGCGCUCGUGCUCGACUGCCUCACGCCGCACGACUUCUCACCCAGCGAGCACAUCAACCUGCAGCACUACGUCAUCCGCCAGAAGCGGCUGGCCGAGCAGGAGGCGCUGCUCGUCUUCAGCCACGUGGUGCGGGUAGUGGCCAUGCUGCAUAAGAAUAACGUGGUCCACCGCGACCUCAAGCUGGGCAACAUCGUGCUCAACCGGCGCACCAAGAAGGUAGUGCUGACCAACUUUUGUCUGGGCAAGCACCUGCUGAACGAGGACGACCUGCUGAAGGACCAACGCGGCUCGCCGGCGUACAUCAGCCCGGACGUGCUCAGCGGAAAGCCCUAUCUAGGCAAGCCGUCGGACAUGUGGGCGCUGGGCGUUGUGCUCUACACGAUGCUGUACGGCCAGUUCCCCUUCUACGACGCCGUGCCGCAGGAGCUGUUCCGCAAGAUCAAGGCUGCCGACUAUGUCAUCCCUGAGUAAGUGCACCAGCGGCGU